AUGGUCCUCCGUGGCUUAGAAGACAAAAAGAGUGGCCUUCAUCUCCGCUUGGUGCUCCAGAAAAACUCAGUGACUAGAGAAGAACGUCGAGUUACUGUCAACGUAGCAAUUCAGCAAGAACAAAAUCGCUAUUUUCUUAAUGAAAUCAGCGCUCUAAAAAACAAAAAGCAGAUUUCUAACAGUAGAACUCUAAUAAAGCUUACUCCGUUUUUUGAUGGUCAACUUCUUCGUGUCGGAGGUCACUUAAAGCACUCUCUUCUCACUUAUAAAGAGAAGCAUCCAGUAGUUCUACCUCCUGAGUCUGUUCUCACAACUCUUAUCAUCCGCGACUAUCACCCUCGCUGUCUUCAUGGGGGUGUCCAACUUACCCUUGAAACGUUACGACAAUCUUAUUGGAUUCUUCAAGGUUGCAGUUUGGUACGAUCAUUGAUUCAUCGGUGCAUUCCAUGCGUGAGAAACAGAGGUAAUACUCAGCAACAGCUAAUGAGUGACCUCUCUUCCAUCACCAUAACUCCACCUGAACGAGUAUUCAUGAACAUUGGGGUAGACUAUGCUGGGCCCAUCAAUGUUCGCACCUUAAAGGACGAGGUCACCAUUCCCACAAAGCCUGGAUUUUUGUCUAGUGACAAAUGUACGAAUUCUGUGGGAGCAGAUCUUCAACUACAGGAAAUGUUUUCUGAGGCAUCAGCAGAGUUUUCUUUGGUCGCUACAUACCUUGCUUCGCAUGGUACCCAUUGGAAGUUCAAUCUUCCUCCAGCACCUCACUUUGGAGGUUUAUAUGAAUCUGCAGUUGAGUCGACAAAAUUCCAUCUUCGUCGAGUCAUUGGAGACUCUACAUUGACGUUUGAAGAAAUGACAACUGUUUUAACACAAAUUGAGGCUUGCUUUAUUCUCGACCUCUCAGAGCUCAGUCAGAUGAUCCAACAGACAUUUCUGCCCUCACGCCAGGAGAUUUUCUCAUUGGAGGUCCACUGA